UGCUGUGCUGGCUGGGUGGCCAUUCGUUCGAAUGCGUUUUCAUUCUCGAAGGUUUUCCUCGCCGAGUAACAUCGAUCGUCGCGCUGUGCUGUGUUGCGUAUCGCGUAGCUCCCCAACCUACUACCAACCAAGCUCAGCAGCAGCAGAGCCAUAGUGCAGUUGCUAAAGGAGAGGGCCCCCCUUUGUGCGCAUUGAAGCAAAAUUUUGCCAACUUUGCAAAUGGUGAUUUUUUUCUGGGGUUGUGCAAAUAGUUGUUCCAGUUUUGGCCUGAAAGGUGAAUUGUUAUUGAACUUUAUGGCAAAUUUCCGAUUGGUUUUCGUGUAGUGUUGUGCUGCUAUUGUAAGUGUGGAAAUUUGUAUGCAAUUGUCUGCAAAUAUAAAUUGAAAAAGGUGAAAAAUUUGGAAAAAAUAAAAGUGAACAGUUCCGUGGGUGGAUGAAAAAUGUUGCUUUUACAGCGUUACACUAAAUAUGAAUCGAAGCCUGCUACAUUUAUCAACCCGUGAAAAGGUCAAUUCUGUGAACUGCAUUAGCCAUUGUUGUGAUUGUAUGGACUGCUAGGAAAUUUAUUACUGUCCGUCAGCUGCUGAAGAAUACGAGAAAUGUGGCAAACACGUUGAGCUCCGUAUGAAAAAGCAGCGCCGCAGUAUUUCCUGAUAAGUAAAUGAAUACAGUGUAUUAAAAAGAUUAAUAACAAGUGUGGUGAAAGUUGUUACAUAAGCUGGUUCCCUACAAAAAAUUUAUAGGUGUUAGAAACAUUUAAAUGAAAAUUGUUAAAAUAAUUAGAAUUUACUGUCUGUAAUAAUACAGAUACAAAGACUUAACACAUCCUCGGAAGUGCAUCGUGUGGCAUUUCAGCCUCUACACAACCCCUUUUCAGUCGUGCAGGAAAGGAUCUGUCAUUUACACGAAUUAAGAAAGCGGAAAAGUAAAAGCAUGAAGCAAACGGAACCGAAGGCAACCGGAAGAAUAAUACGGUUGUUACAUCAGUAGGGGUGCUCAUACAAGAGUUGUCGGGUCGGAAAAGAUGCAUUACGUUUUCCCGUCGAGCAACGUAACUUCGCAAAGCAAAUGGAUCAACUAUCCGAAGCAGACGAGUAAUCGUACCGCCAAAGGGUUUUCGCUAGCAUCGAAGACAUACCGCGGAAAAGCAUUCCUCUUGCAGCUACUAGAAUGGCCGGACGUUUGCAUGUCCUCUUGAUACUAACCCAGCUGUUUCUCAUUGUACGUGUAGCGGAUCAGACGAAAUGCACCGUGACGUCGACGUACGGCAGCUUCGGCAGCGGUGCCAGUUUUCUGGCCGGGCCAGAGGGGGGAGCCGACCGAGCCCAGCUACCGUUUUCUGACUAUCCAACUUACAAUGAUGACAGCGAGGAUGUACAUAGUUUUCUGAAAGUGUUGAGUUGUUCCGAUACGGUAUUACGGACGGUUAACGACGAAUACUUGCGGCCGGUAAAUUCGUACAAAGCAGUGUUACUGGAACGUGUGUUGGUCGAAAAUCCGGCCAGUGACUUUCUGUCGUUCAAGAACGAAAACUACUUAGAGGUGGUUCGGUGGAGUGAUAGUAACGUUACGGAACAGCAGCUGGAACUGACCUUCGGAAGGAAUGAUAAGAGAUAUACUAAUUUAAUGAUACUAGAUGUAAGCGGAAAUCAGCUUAAAAGUUUAAGACGAAACUAUUUUAGCAAACUAGAGAGAUUAAAACUGUUGAAACUAUCCGAGAAUCAAUUAUUCAAUCUUCCAAACGAUAUUUUCUACGACUUAAUAAAUUUAGAGGAGCUGCAGCUGCAGAACAACCAACUGAACGAGAUUGUUUUGGGUCUUCUGCGACUGCUCAGUCGGUUACGGAUUUUGAACCUAUCGAACAACACUAUACACGAUCUUCCACGGAACAUCUUCAAUGGGUUGAACAAUCUAACGGAGCUGAAUUUGUCCAGCAAUCGACUGUACGUGGUGCCAUUUCAAAUAUUUAAAGAACUGCGAGCGUUGGAAGUGUUGGAUGUCUCCAACAAUAUGCUCGUUUCAUUUCUGGACAACUUUUUUCUCACCAACAAGCAGCUGCGCGUAUUAAGACUGAAUAACAAUAUUAUCGAGAAGAUCUCGAAAAAUGCACUGUACGGCUUGAAAAAACUUCAGAUACUGGAUCUGUCAUCGAACAAGCUGGUGUUCAUCGAUCGGAAUGCCUUCGACACCCUAGAAGACCUGAGACACCUAUACGUCAACCACAACCAGAUUUACAUACUCCCAUCAACAGUAUUUUCGGCGUUGAAAAAUGUGCAAUCGAUCAACCUGAGCAACAAUGUGAUGCGAACGCUUCCGAAUUCCAUCUUCUCCAGCCAGUACAAGCUGGAAAGACUCUACCUAGAUGCCACCAAUCUAGAAUCACUGAGCAACUGGAUUUCCCGUCACAACAAAACCAUCAACAAGGACAUUCUCCGAAACCUGCAUUACCUGUCGAUCCGCAACAAUACCCGCCUGAAGGAAAUCGAACCGUGUGUUUUCCGCAACGUUCCGAAUCUGGAAACUCUUCUACUAUCGAACAAUAGACUGACCAGCCUGCCGAAAGAGAUCGGUGAGCUAACAAAACUGCGCUACCUGGACGUCGCCAACAACGACAUUAUGUACAUUCCGGAACAGAUCCGGACUCUGCACAUGUUGCAGGAAGCCAACUUUCUCAACAAUGACUACGGUUGCGAUUGCCACAUGUACUGGAUUCUGAGUUGGAUCGACGAUUUGCAGGCGGAAAAUAAUACGCAAAAAAUCUACGAUUUACUGCGUCUUUCUGAGCUCAAGUGUCGCAACGGAUAUCCGGGCGAUAUCGUUCGGGUGUUGCAGCACAUCAACUGCUUCAAGCCGGAACUGCUACAGUCAUCGGACAGCAAGAUGCACCUGCUGAAAUCGGACGCCGUACUGGAGUGUGUCUUCACUGGCAAUCCACCGCCGGACAUCAUCUGGAUAACGCCGAAAAACGAAAUUCUACGCCACAGUCAGGAGCUGGAGCAAAAGUCGCUGCUGUACGAACCGUCCAGCCAGAUAGGAUCGAGUAAGUACCAGCAGUCGGUCGAGUUUCAAAUGUUAACGACCGAUAAUGUCACUGGCGAUGGUCCGCUGCGGGACAAUUUGGGCAUGGGCAUUACGCUGCUGGAGAAUGGCUUCCUGCGGAUUCACAACAUCUCGCGCCGGGAUAGCGGCCUGUACACGUGCUAUGCCAUCAACAUCAUGGGAAAUGCCACCGCCGGCAUAAGAUUGUACAUCGAUCCCAUCGUAUUCUAUCGAGUGAAAAUUGGCAGCAUCAUUACCGGCGCCAUUUCGGCGGCAACCUUCCUGGCGUUGACACUGAUAUUCCAAGGAAUCCGACGGGUGUUUAUCCGCUUCCGCAUUAUCGAUCUGAUUUGCCAGAACUGCUGCAGCUACUGCUACCGCAGUGACAAAUCUUCAUCGAAAGCGCGCCAAAUCUACGCCAUGCUGGACAACAUCGAGCAUUACAAGAGCCAGCAGUUGGAACGGUUGCGGGAAAAUUACACCCAGCAGGUUCACCGUAUCAAAGAAAACUGCGCCCAGCAGGUGGAAUGGAUUCAGGGCAGCUACUCGACCCAGGCGAAACAUUUGCGGGAAAUUCGCGAUAUUGGUACCCACCACUUGACGACGCUGCGGGAUCAAUAUUACGAUCAGGUACGUCGCGUCCGGGACUACUCGACCGGUCAGCUGAAUUGGGUUCGAGAGAAUUACGUUUUCCAGCGGAAUAAGAUUCGUAAAUUCAGCGCCCAUCAGGCAUUGCGGCUUCGCGAGGGCUACAAGUACCAGCAGCAGACACUGAACAAGGUGCUGGAAAAUCUGCCCAGUUUCUACUUUGAGAACUGCCGGGGUCGAAACGAGGACGACGAGGACUUUGACGGUUUCGAAGUCUAUCUGAAGGCCAAGAUAGAAAAACUCUCGCAGCUGGACGCUGCCACAGCGGCGGCUGCUGCAGCCGCCAUCGCCAAUGCGGCAGCGGUUCCGAAGAGCGGCAGCGGUCAUCUGAAGUAUCUGGAGAAUUUUUCCACCAAGAGCGUGGACGAAAGCAAGGCGUCGGUAUACUUCACCCCGAACGAAGGCCAUCUGAGUCCGGAACCGUCGCUGCAGCUGCAGCUGUCGCCGAUCCACAUUAACUACAUUAACGAUGGCACGAUGGUCCCGCUGGAGAGAGCCGCCAUCGGGGAAGUUGGCGUGGAGGAUACACCGCGCUCGUUUAAAUCGGUUGUCGCUGGGUCGGGAGUAGCUGACAUAAGCGGAGCAGUUGCUGUGCGAUCCAUUCUGAAGCCUUCAGCGAAAUUUGUGUAUGAUAAGAAUAUGCACAAGUAUCGGAUGAGUUAUCAGCCCAACCGGCUGAGUGGGGGGUAUGCGGGUGAUGAAUUUUUAGAGAGUGCAAAGUAUGACCGCUACCAUGACGUGAUGCAGGAGAUGCCCGCGAUGGGUGGCGCAGAGUCGUGCGAGGAUGAGACGACGUUCAGUCUGAAGCGUAAGCGAAAUCAUAAACGAAGAAGAAAAGCAGGAAGAAUUCCGGCCGGGGGAAAGCAACUGUGUGAAUAUGAGACGCUGCUGAUGAAGAACAUUUCCAGUGAUCCUAAAGAUUCGCAUUAUAAUAUCGUGCACGUGAAUAAGCUUGGCGGCGGACCGGCAGGCCUGUGCGGGUGGGAUAGUGGUUGGACAGCAGGACGAGCUGCCAACCGAAGGAAACCUCCGCUGAUUAAUGACUAUUGCUACUCUCUGGAGCAUAUGAUUCAAGAUAGCAACGAGAAGAUUCGCAAGCUAAUAUACGAUUCUAAAAUAGACAUUAUGAACGAGAUGAUAACAGGGAAUAGUUCUAGGGAUAAGGUUAGUAGUAAUAGCACGAGUUACAAGAGUAAUUUAAACAUAGACAACAGCGAGCCGGAACGAUCUGCGCCUCCAGCAGGCCAGCGGAUAGUACAGAACGUCCCUACGGCAGCUGUGGUAGAAUCGGCUAUGGUAGCCAGCAGUAGUAGCAAUAGCAGCAACAGUUGUAGCAACAACAACAGCCAAGUGAAUGGCAAUAACAAUGGUAGUCGAGAGUCCACUUCGACAGCGCAGAAUCUCAACUACCAUCAGCCUUUGAAAAAAAUCCAUAAACUUCAUUUCGAUUCCAGUACAAACCGCAUCCAACAGAGCACCAGCCUGCCGGAAAUGUACUACGGAUGCUCCAGUUCGAGCUCUAGCUCAAUGCUAAUGCACAGUUCGGUUGAUAACCAUCAGCAGACCGCUGGUGGUUCUAAUAAAUCUUCCAACCAGUCGAUCCUUCAACAGCAAACGCUUUCCUCUGCCUCGUCGUCCGGCUCAAACACGAUGGCAUCGCCUCCGUUUUCCUCGUCCAUUCCGUACCACCAGCCAACGGUGCACGGCAAACACGUAAUCCUGGCCGUGGAAAAGGAGGACGAACCGUCAUCCUCCAAGCCAGCAUGUAGUGGUAGUAGUGGAAAAAACAAUAGCAAUGCUACCAGCAAGUAAAUCGGCGAAAGUGUUUUAGUUAUUUUAGAAAAAAAUUGUGUUUCGACCGAGAAAACAGAAGUCCAGUUCGAUCCAUCAUUCGAACGCGGUGUGUCGCUCAAGCAUAUUCAUCAAUAAAAUCGCAGUCAAUAUCGUGUGACAAGAGAGGGAAAAAAGUUUCAACCUUGUUCUUGCAAAAAGCAAGCAGCGGAUUUUUAAAUUCUAUGAAACUAAACCGAUAUACGGUUUACAAUAAUAAGAAGGAGGUUAGCUCAUGACUGUUUCCGUACUCAGUAUCCCACGUUAGUUCAAUAUUUAAACACUGCAGCUGCAAUGCGUCGAUUUCAUAGGAUGAUUUUUUUAUUACUCAGAUUGAUUGCAUAGAAUUGAAUUUAUUCAGUACUACCACACGUGUUGAAUUUGUCGUUCGUUGGUGUGUUAACUCCUAAAAGGAGAGCUUGUUUUGGUCUAAAAAAAUUAAUUUUCCUCACAAUUCUUUUGUGUUUUGAGAAAAAAAUUGGUAAGAUGAAAAUAGUCAUGGAUAUAGUUGAAAGAUGAACUUUUAAUAUAUUAUCACUAAACACGAAGUAUUUGGAGUUCUUAACUAGACACUAGAUUUAUGUAUUAAAACUAUCAACAAAACAAAGGUUGGAUGCCAUGCAUAGGACAAAGUACAUCGUGUAUGGAAUCAGCCAACAAAAAAAAGAAGCAGCAAAUAAAAAAAAAGGUAAAUUAUGUGCAAACAGCUGUAGCAGUUUCAAUUACAGAAUCUUUUAAAAAAGAAUUAAGAUACGAAAACACUCACACGCACGUACGUACGGAGCAGUAAACUAAUGAUAACAAAAGUGAAUAUUACUAUACAGACUAAUACGCAAAACCAAGAGCGAAAAAAGCAGAAGAAGAGGAAGAAGCAAAAAAAUACAAUAAAUUAAACAGAGCAUUAACUUCAUUGGAUAUGAGAGUAGAAGACAGAGAAAAUAUAUCAAAUUUAACUAUCUUAAUAAC